CAUAACUCAUAACUCACAACUCAUCUCUCUCUCUCUCUCUCUCUCUCUCUCUCUAAAAGCCUUUUUCUUUAGACACUUAGAGAUAAAGGAGUUCUUGAAAACUAUAUACGAAUUAUUAAGCAAGAAGAAGAUGAUGGUUGAGAAAGAAGAUUUGGGUUUGAGUUUAAGUUUGAGUUUUACUCAGAAUUAUCAUUCUUUACAACUUAAUCUUGUUCCUAAUUCUUCUUCUUCUGGGUUUAAUCCUCAAAAACCUUCGUGGAAUGAGACUUUUCUUUCUUCAGAUCCAAACUCUGAUUCUUGCCGGGCCGACACAAGAUCGUUCCUAAGAGGAAUCGAUGUGAACAGACUGCCAUCGACGGCGGAUUGUGAGGAGGAAGCCGGCGUCUCUUCCCCAAACAGCACGAUAUCAAGUGUAAGUGGAAAGAGAAGUGAAAGGGAAGGGAAUGGAGACGAACGUGAAAUGGAAAGAGAUUGCUCUCGUGGAAUCAGCGAUGAAGAAGAUGGUGAUACCUCAAGAAAGAAGCUCAGGCUAUCUAAAGAUCAGUCUGCUAUUCUUGAAGAAAGCUUCAAAGAGCAUAACACUCUUAAUCCAAAGCAAAAGAUGGCAUUGGCUAAGCAGUUGGGGCUAAGACCGAGACAGGUGGAGGUGUGGUUUCAGAACAGAAGGGCAAGGACUAAGUUGAAGCAGACAGAGGUUGACUGUGAGUUCUUGAAGAGAUGCUGUGAGAAUCUAACUGAAGAAAACAGACGGUUGCAAAAAGAAGUUCAGGAACUGAGAGCACUGAAACUUUCCCCACAAUUCUACAUGCAAAUGACCCCACCCACAACUCUCACCAUGUGCCCCUCAUGUGAGCGUGUUGCGGUCCCACCAUCUGCAUCAUCGACCGUUGAUCCACGAUCCCAUCCGCAGAUGGCCCACAAUCACCAUAGGCCCAUUCCCAUCAACCCAUGGGCCCCAGCUGUUGGUCCCAUCACACCAGGACCGUUCGAUGCCCUCCGUCCUCGAUCGUAAUUAUCGAACCCCAACUGAGGGUAUUUUGGUCAUUUGGAAAAUGAUAUAUAUAAAUACAUAUAUACUAAAAUGACCCUAUCUUAGGAAAGGUAGUAGGAAUGUGUACUAUAUAUAUUAAGGAGGGGGGGAAGCAUGAAAGUACUGUAAUAGCUUAUCAUGCAUUUUUCUUGUGUUCAAAGUCCUAAGAUAUGGCUGUUGUAAGGUGAUUUGGUGGGUCUUCAUGUUUUGUAUUAUUGACCCAUCAAUCUCUUCAUGAGGAAGUUAACAUAAAAUUAGUUUUUAAUCUUUUUUUUAGUGCUAAUUAACACUAAUCCUUCUCCUCCUCCACUCAAAGAUGGAAACUUUUGGGAAUUUUGGGUAAGGAGAGGAAAUUUGGAUGUAAAAAAGUGCAAUCUCUAAUUAACUAUUGUAACUAAUUUAGUCAAGGAAAGUUGUGCUCUAAACUCUAUUA